AUGCCGCGGAGGGGAGCGGAGGCGCCGCUGGCCCUGCUGCUGGCGGCGGCGUGGCUGGCGCAGCCCCUGAGCGGCGGCUACCACGGCGUGAGCAUGUUCGCCGUGCAGACCGCCCAGCCCGACCCCUGCUACGACGAGCACGGGCUGCCCCGCCGCUGCAUCCCUGACUUCGUCAACUCGGCCUUCGGGAAGGAGGUGAAGGUGUCCAGCACCUGCGGGAAGCCGCCGUCGCGGUACUGCGUGGUGACGGAGAAGGGCGAGGAGCAGGUCCGCACCUGCCACCUCUGCAACGCCUCCGACCCCAAGCGCGCCCACCCGCCCUCAUUCCUCACCGACCUCAACAACCCGCACAACCUGACCUGCUGGCAGUCCGACAGCUACGUCCAGUAUCCCCACAACGUCACCCUCACCCUCUCCCUCGGCAAGAAAUUCGAGGUGACCUACGUCAGCCUGCAGUUCUGCUCGCCGCGCCCCGAGUCCAUGGCCAUCCACAAGUCCAUGGACUACGGCAAGACCUGGGUGCCUUUCCAGUUCUACUCCACGCAGUGCCGCAAGAUGUACAACAAGCCGAGCCGCGCCGCCAUCACGAAGCAGAACGAGCAGGAAGCGGUGUGCACCGACUCGCACACCGACGUGCGGCCCCUCUCCGGCGGCCUCAUCGCCUUCAGCACCCUGGACGGCCGCCCCACCGCCCACGACUUCGACAACUCGCCCGUGCUGCAGGACUGGGUGACGGCCACCGACAUCAGGGUGACCUUCAGCCGCCUGCACACCUUCGGCGACGAGAGCGAGGACGACUCCGAGCUGGCCCGCGACUCCUACUUCUACGCCGUGUCCGACUUGCAGGUCGGCGGGCGCUGCAAGUGCAACGGGCACGCGUCGCGCUGCGUCCGGGACCGCGACGACAGCUUGGUGUGCGACUGCAAGCACAACACGGCCGGCCCCGAGUGCGACCGCUGCAAGCCCUUCCACUACGACCGGCCCUGGCAGCGAGCGACGGCGCGGGAGGCCAACGAGUGUGUGGCCUGCAACUGCAACCUGCACGCGCGGCGCUGUCGCUUCAACAUGGAGCUGUUCAAGCUGUCGGGGCGCAAGAGCGGCGGCGUGUGCCUCAACUGCCGGCACAACACGGCGGGCAGGCACUGCCACUACUGCAAGGAGGGCUUCUACCGCGACCUCAGCAAGCCCAUCUCCCACCGCAAGGCCUGCAAAGAGUGCGACUGUCACCCCGUGGGUGCCGCCGGCCAGACCUGCAACCAGACCACGGGCCAGUGUCCCUGCAAGGACGGUGUCACCGGCAUCACCUGCAACCGCUGCGCCAAGGGCUACCAGCAGAGCCGCUCCCCCAUCGCCCCCUGCAUAAAGAUCCCGGCUGCUCCGCCCACCACGGCCGCCAGCAGCGCGGAGGAGCCCGCAGAUUGCGACUCGUACUGCAAGGCCUCCAAGGGGAAGCUGAAGAUCAACAUGAAGAAGUACUGUAAGAAAGACUAUGCUGUCCAGAUCCACAUCCUGAAAGCAGAAAAAAAUGCGGACUGGUGGAAGUUCACAGUGAACAUCAUCUCCGUCUACAAACAAGGCAGCAACCGGAUCCGGCGCGGAGACCAGACCCUGUGGAUCCACUCCAAGGACAUAGCCUGCAAGUGCCCCAAAAUCAAGCCCAUGAAGAAGUAUUUGCUGCUGGGCAACAACGAGGACUCUCCUGACCAGAGCGGCAUCAUUGCGGACAAAACCAGCCUGGUGAUCCAGUGGCGGGACACGUGGGCCCGGCGGCUCCGGAAGUUCCAGCAGCGGGAGAAGAAGGGGAAGUGUAAGAAAGCCUAAAGGAGGAGGAGAGGGAGAGACUGACUGUGCAUGCUGCUUUGUGUAGAGCUGGGGCGGGCAGGGACCGGCUGCCAGGGCGGGCUGGGGGGGACAGGGGGACAGAGACCACAGCUGGGGGGUGCUGGGCUUGCACCUCGUAUUCCAGGGAAGACAAAACCCAACAGAACCCAAGAGAACCCAACAGAACCCAAUAGGACCCAACAGAAACUAACAGAACCCAACAGAAACACAACAAAGCUCAACAAAAUCCAACAGGACCCAAAAAACCCAACAGAACCCAACAGGACCCAAGAAAACCCAACAAGACCCAGAAAACCCAACAGAACCCAACAGGACCCAACAGAAACCAACAGAACCCAAAAAAACCCAACAAAACCCAACAGGACCAAACAAAACCUGAUGGCACACACAGACAGAUCCCACGAGUGGGGUGUGGGCAUGUGGCACCUGGGGCCCCCCAGCUCCCUCCUGCCCCAUUGCUGAAGAACUGAGAGACACCGAACUGCCUUCCAGCUGCCAACAUCUGCUGCCUCCAAAGCACGGCAUGGGCACAACCACCCUGUAAGAAACUAAUCAACAGCACUGCUGGAAAUUAACUCCCCAUCCCCAAAAUCCGUAUUUGUGACUUAGGCUGACUGAGACAGUUCUUGUAGAGGAAACUAAACCGAGACUUUUGCUGAGGACGAAUCCGAGGAUCGGCGGACGGGGUCUUGGAGAGCUUUGGUAUCCAACAGCCGUGGCCACCACCCACUGAUGGUGCCUGGGGCAGCCGAGCUCUCCGGCUGUGAUGAUGCUCUGGGUCCAUUUCAGGCACAGCCAAAAGGGGACAAUGUUGGUGGGUGACUUUCUGCUGUGCAUAACUCUGGGAAUGGCUCAGCUCCUGAUGCUGAGGAUGCUGCCCCCACCACACUGAACGAGGGCGAGUCCAUAGGGUGCUCUGUCCCCCUCCAGCUACCCAUUUACAGGAAGGAGUCAAUAACCAGGAUCCCCAAGGAAACACCCAGAUUUGACAAAAAAUGAGUUGGCAUCCAGUUCCCAUAAAGUGCCCUGGAAGAUCCUGCCAGUCUCAGUCCCUGAAUCUCCACUGUGGCCACCCCUGAACCUCCUCCAUGGGCUCAGUCCCCUGUGCUGCUGUCAGCAUACCAGGAACCCUCAGAUGGUAGAAAAUCCCUGCAGGGGACACCAAGGUCCUUGCUGGUCACUGGUUUCACUUCCACUCAGGCAGCUCUCCCAAACCCACAGCAGCUCUGCCUUCACUUCCUCUGGAGCUGCAGCCCCCUCACGUCCCUAUAAAAGUUCUUGGAGACACAGUGAGGAGCAGAGGGUGCCAGGAGUGUCCCCAAGGGCAGUGGGGCCAGUGCAGAGAGCUCUGAGGCUUGGCCAGGAUAGAGCCCACACAGGGCAGGGCCCAGGGAAGAGGUCUCAGCCAGGAGCAAGGGGUGACCCACCUGGAGCUCUCCUUCUGCUGGGUGACAAACAGCCAAUUUAAAAUUCCCAAUUUCCAGCCAUGAAUGCACUGAGCACAGUGGAGGCUGCUUCACCUCAGACUGGAGCAUCUUCCCCUGGGGUACCCAGCUGGCAGAAUUGGCUCAGGAGUUGUCACCCCCAUGCCAGGCUGCUCCCCUGCCACACCAGCCCAUGGGGAAUGGGGAAUUCCAAUUCUGCUCAGCCUUGGAGACUGGGAAUAGCUGGGGCAGAAGGCAAGGAGGACAGGAUGGUACCUGGGGGAGAAGCAAACAUUAGUCGCUAUGAAAAGCAAAACCUCCCUGAUAUUUUUCCUUUUAGGAAACUUGGAAACAUCUCUUUUAUGACAUUUUCCAGUGCUUUUGCCUUGUUUUAUAGCAAUUGACAAUAUUUAUAUAAUGACAUAAACCACCAUAAAGCAGGGCAGCCAUGUAAAUAGGUGCAAAGAGGAGGCUCCCAGGGCUGCUGGAGACACCACCCAGAGGGACCCAGCUCUGCUGAGCCUCCCCUGCCACCACAAGGCCCCCAAAAUUAAUCUGGGUAUUAGGAAAAAAAUCCCACUCUGGACAUCAAGAAACUCCCCUCCCCACCCCCCCCACUCCCAGUCUGUGUUUUCUCCCCCUUCUCAAACUGGACUUGGUUUUCCUUAUCUCGGAGCUCAAGGAGAGCCGACAGUUUUGCAGCCAAGGGAAGUGAAGCCACCAGGUUCUGAAGGAUAAAAUGUGACCUCAAGUGACUAAAUGGAGGCUGAAAGCCCCAAAACGGGGCUUGGAUGCUCUCCUGCAGCCACCAUCAGCUGCUGCCAGGGAACCCCAAAGCUGGGGACAGCGCAUCCCCAGGUAGCUGGGAUGUCCCAGCCUUCAAUCGGUGCCUAAAAGUACCAGAAUCCAACCCAAAGCCAGUUCUCCACAUGGAGAGCAGGAAGGAAAGGCCAGGGGACAGGGGGACUGCCCAUGGCACACAUGGACGCCCCAUGCUCACUCCCAGUUUCCAGCCUUGUCAAGCACAGCUGCCCUCCCCAGCACAGCCUGCACACCCCAACCCCCCAGGGUCACCCUCCAGCCCCUUCCCUGCUCCCACUGGUCCUGGUGGCUGCAGGAGACCCCCCCACCCCCUCCUCCCACCCCCUCCUUCCACAGCCAGACCCCUCCAGGCACUGAUAACUUGGGGACUCAGAAGGAAAUGAGCUGGCACCACAGCCUAGAUCCUGGCACAGGAGGGAAGGAAGUCCCCAGCCCUGUCCCACCAGGACCUGUCCCCCACUCCCAGCUGCAGUUUUGUGCUUUCCAGUCCGAGCAGGCAAACCCCCUUACUCCAUCCACGGUCUCAGUGCCCUUCAUGCACGAACCCUGACCUGCAGGAGCUGCUGCUGGAACUGGUGGAACUGGAGCAGCCUCUGCUGGGAGGGCACAGCAGCCCCAUUUCAGGGCCCAGAGGUGCAACUCCUCCCUGCAGCCAGCCCUGCUCUAGGACAUCUCCAGGACUCCUGUCCUGGUGACCCAGAGGGACAGGAUGUCCCCUCAACACCGGGGGCAGCUCUGGGGGACCAGCCCCGUUCUGAGCAGCAGAGAACCCAGCCCCCCAUCCCCUGGGGACAGGAGUGGGACCCCGAGGACAGCAGGGUGGCUGGGAAGGGGCUGUGGUGCCUUUGGAGGCUUUGGAGAGCAGCUGCAAUGCCAAAACAAUCAUCACUGAGCGUAGCACCCGACACAAGUCGCUUGGUCUCAUUUCUGUUCGUUCCGUCGUGUCCGUGCCCCCUCCCCGCCCCCUCCUCAUCCCCUCACAAACCUGUGUCCGUUUUGGGGUUGUUGUUUUUUUUUUUGUUGAUUUUUUUUAUUAUUAUUAUUUCUGUUAAUAUCUUGAACUGUAAAUGUUGUUUAGUUAUGACCAUGGCAGACUGCUUUGGGCGAUGUUUCUUUACAAUGCAUACUAAUAUAUUAUGGUUAUUAUAUAUGAAUAUAUUUAAUGACACGUGAAAAAGUUGUGGAUUUUCUUAUUGUUUUUCUCAGUUGUUUCUUUUUUUUCCUUUUUUUGCCCCUUCUGUUUGUUUGUUCGUUAGAUUGGCUGUAAUUGACCCGAAGGAGCUUGUAACUGUUCAGCACCCCCUUGGUAGAACUAAAGUCAGAAACCAGUUGAAUAAACUCUUGUAAACUGUAAAAAUC